CACACUGUGGUUCUGCAAGUUGAGAAUUAAUCAUUUCUCCCCUUCUCCUCUUCUUCCGCCCUUUCACCCCGGUCUUCCUUCUCGACCUCACCUCUACGUUACAUCGUGAUUACUUGGCCCUUCGUUGACGAGACUUACCGUAUGACUCGAUUUGACAUCGCCUGCCGCCGGCUUUAGCCAUCUCACUUGAUGCGUCAACCUCUCCCUUCAUCACACUUUCUCCUCACUUCAACUUGAUUGAACGGAACCUAGAUUUCGUGUUUGACACGCAUCAACCAAUGCGACAACAAGCUGACCAGACUGGGUGGGAAUAUAUUAUUAUAACCACAACUUGUUAACCAUCUCGCCACACCUCACCCUACCUCCUCAUUUCCAGUCCACCUCGAGCCCUCACCCAAAGAUGUCUGUCAUCUCAUUGCAUAACGCUCCGUUGGAAAUUCUCCUCAUCAUCUUGGAUAACGUUGAUCCCAUCUCAUUGAUCAACUUGGCCCAAACCUGCCAGACUCUGCGAGCCACCAUCAGGCCGACACGCAUCAACUUCCUCCAGCGCCUGCUCGCCCUUGAGCUGAUUCCCGAGUAUGGCGGCAUAGCGCCGCUCCUCAGAGGCAGGGAUUCCCACAUCUCUCCUCGCAUGGGCUCCAAGGACUGGGAGUCCAACAAGUACGCUUGUGGAGGCUGCCUCAAGCUCCUGCCGCAUACGAGGUUCGAUAACCACAACAUCCUGCGGCUCGACCUUCGCAAGCCCCCUCCCGGUAGCAGAGAGGCCAAUCGCCUGGCCGAAUGGUGGUAUCUCGACAGAUGGGAUGACGGCGUGAGAGCCAGGAUCUUCCAGCACCGAAUCCAUAUCCGGGCUCGAGAUGAGUCACUUGCCGAUGUCCGGAUGCGGUAUCAUGAGGCCACCCACCCAUGGGAAAGCAUGCGGCAGGCUGGGGGAAUCAACCAGUUCCUCUGGGCCGGAAACGUGGAGGCCGACAUUCUUACUACUAACGACCAGAUUGCCUCUAACCAUGAGCUCCUAAUUUGUGGCCUCCGUCGACACAACCGUCGUUGCAUUGAAUGUAUCUUUGUCCGGGGCGACUGGCAUCGUAACAAAAACUCGAUGAACAACGGAGGGCGGCCCAUCCUCCCUUCACCAGUGGUCACUGGGCGCAAGUUGGAUUUCUACAACUUUUUUGACAGGUGUUUCCCCAAUCUGUUUCACCCUGUCCCUCGCGCCAGAAUGGGCCGCCGCUUCUUAUAUUACGGUGCCCAUGAUAACAAGACGUACCAUUUGACAAUGCGCAUCCUUCGCUGCGGCGGUUGCGCCAAAUGGCGAGAGGCGUCACAGUUUCGUUUGCCUGUUAUUGCGUACGAAGAGGUGCAUUUUUUGACGGAUGCGAUGAGCAAAUAUUGUGUGCAAGAUGCUGAAUUGGGAGAGCUGAGGGAGCCCAGGUGUAAUCGGUGCUUUUUGAGGGAACACGGCAUGGCAGCGUUCAGACGGCAUCUGGUAGCCUUUGCAAGGUCGCUAAUGGUUGAUGCGCUCGAAAGGGCUCGAUAUCAAGUUCUCUUCGGGUGGGACAAGCUCUGCGACGACUUCCGUCUUCCCUUUGGAGACUUUGCCAACUACUGGGUCGAGUACGGCAAGUCCAUUGUCUCCGACUUUCCCAUUCAAGGAGAGGACCUCUUGGCUGAACCCUUCCUCACUACACACCAGCUCGAUGAGCUCUCGCGACGUUUCACCUGCUUCACGAGUUUUGUCGAGCGCAUGUACCAAGGCUUACGACCCGUGCGCCCAGCUAUCUCGGACAUUCGCUCCAACGAAGAGAUCAUGGCCUCUACGAUGGACUCGUGGUUCCGUGUUUGGUACGAUGAUUAUCAUCUCUACGAAAAGACGUAUCGGAGGCUGCAGGAUCAGUUGAAGUGGAUUGAGCAGCAUGAGCUGGAGGUGGUAUCAUAUGCGUUGGAGGCUGAUCCGUGGGGGCCCGAGAGUUGGGACCUUGGGUGGGAGGUGGAGGAGGAGAGAUGAUUACAUAGAGUGAUGAGGAUUUGUGUAUUGGUAUCUGGUGGUAUGGUCAACACUUGAAUUGGCCUCUGUUUUCUUGAUUUAUUCCCUUUUUUGGGUCUCCUCUCUUUGUUUACAGGUAGUGCGGUAAUUCGUAUACGCACUUCAUUGGAACACGACAGUCUGGGUUCGGACGCCUCAUGGUCGUCCUAGCGCAGCGGACAGUCGUCCGAGGUCUUGACUGGAGCACUCGGUAGGCAUCGGCAUGGACUGAACUAGUCAGUCAGAUUUUCAUGCCACCUGCUGUCACAUCGAUCAUCGGAAGUCCCAAGAUCAGGACAACGUGCUUGUCAGGAAGGCCAUCAUGAUGGAGUAUCUACAAGUGGUUCUACUUGAAUGUGAGGGCGCUGGUCACUGCUAUUGGGGUACUAGGUACCUCUACCUAAUCUGUAUCAUCAUCAUCUGAUCA